AAUUAACAUACAGAAGAAGUUUUAUAAUGCGUGUCACUUUAGAAUAUUCCGAAUAUCACGAUAGCGUAAUGUGAAACACCCGUACAAGAAAUGGGGUCUACAUAUUAUGAAAUAUAGAAAGAGUUUUCUUAAUUGGAAAAGAGGCAAUAUGUAUGUACAAUUUCUUUAAGGCUAGCCGUAUUAUGAAAGCGAAAUCUUAGACUUGUUUAACGAGUUCGAAGGAUUCUCUUAUCCGCCCAGUUUUUUAAAAAGCAGGAAGUUCAAAAGUACAGCAAGGUUUUGUGAAACAUGGACAUGUUUCUAAAAGGGAUUUGUGUGAUUGUUUUGUCCCUUUUACUUGGAAGUGUGCACACUGAAGAUAGUGGUAUUCAGAAUGCUGAAAAUAAAAACGUUCGAGGUAGAACUACACAUUCAGUAAAUGGAAACGCCGUGCCGCCUAAUUCGCCGCCUCCUUCGCCGUCUGUUCCUUCUGGAAAUGGUACAAAAACUGUAAAGGAAAUGUCAACGCCGUCUUCAAUGUCUGGAAAAAGUACAAAAACUGUAAAGGAAAUGUCAACGCCGUCUCCUAUGACUGGAAUUAGUACAGAAACUUUAAAAGAAAUUCCAACGCCGUCUCCUAUGACUGGUAACAUGAUUCAAUCUUACAUUUUUGCAAAAGUAUUCGAAUCUCUAUCCGGAAAUAGUACAAAAACUGUAAAGGAAAUGUCAACGCCAUCUCCUAUGACUGGAAUUAGUACAGAAACUUUAAAAGAAAUUUCAACGCCGUCUCCUAUGACUGGAAUUAGUACAGAAACUUUAAAAGAAAUUCCAACGCCGUCUCCUAUGACUGGUAACAUGAUCCAAUCUUACAUUUUUGCAAAACUAUUCAAAUCUCUAUCCGGAAUUAGUACAGAAACUUUAAAUGAAAUUCCAACGCCGUCUCCUAUGACUGGAAUUAGUACAGAAACUUUAAAAGAAAUUCCAACGCCGUCUCCUAUGACUGGUAACAUGAUUCAAUUUUACAUUUUUGCAAAAGUAUUCGAAUCUCUAUCCGGAAUUAGUACAGAAACUUUAAAUGAAAUUCCAACGCCGUCUCCUAUGACUGGAAUUAGUACAGAAACUUUAAAAGAAAUUCCAACGCCGUCUCCUAUGACUGGUAACAUGAUUCAAUUUUACAUUUUUGCAAAAGUAUUCGAAUCUCUAUCCGGAAAUAGUACAAAAACUGUAAAGGAAAUGUCAACGCCGUCUCUUAUGACUGGAAUUAGUACAGAAACUUUAAACGAAAUUCCAACACCGUCUCCUAUGACUGGAAAUAGUACAAAAACUGUAAAGGAAAUGUCAACGCCGUCUCCUAUGACUGGAAUUAGUACAGAAACUUUAAACGAAAUUCCAACGCCGUCUCCUAUCACUGGAAAUAGUACAAAAACUGUAAAGGAAAUGUCAACGCCGUCUCAUAUGACUGAAAUUAGUACCGAAACUUUAAACGAAAUUCCAACGCCGUCUCCUGUGACUGGAAAUAGUACAAAAACUGUAAAGGAAAUGUCAACACCGUCUCCUUCGAUUGGAAAUAGUACAGAAACUGUUUGUAUAGAAAUACAAACGCCAUCUUCAAUGUCUGGAAAUGGUACAAAACCUGUAAAGGAAAUGUCAACACCGUCUCUUUUGAUUGAAAAUAGUACAGAAACUGUACAAGAAAUGCAAACGCCUUCUUCAAUGUCUGGGCCGGAAGAUCCAACUUGUUCCGCGGGACUGAUAACAGCAUCUACCAAAGACAGAAUUGAUAUUGAUCUUACAAAGAUUAAUACUGGUGAAAACACGAUGCAGGUCUGUAUUUAUUAUGAUCCACCGUCCACCCUCGGAAAUGUGUCAUGUGUAAGCAAAGACUUGCUGAAUACAACAAUAUCAGGACUUCUACCAGGAACUCGGUACUCAUUUUCCAUAUAUGCUUUGAUAACAAACAAUGGACAAGACAUAAAGAGCUUGGACGGAUGCAAGAAUUUCUCCCAGUUUACAAGGCCGGAAGAUCCAACUUGUUCCGAGGGACUGAUAACAGCAUCUACCAAAGAUAGAAUUGAUAUUAAUCUUACAAAGAUUGAUACGGGUGAAAACACGGAACAGGUCUGUGUUUAUUAUGAUCCACCGUCCACGCUCGGAAAUGUGUCAUGUGUAAACAAAGAGUUGUUGAAUACAACGAUAUCAGGACUUCUACCAGGAACUCGGUACUCAUUUUCCAUAUAUGCUUUGAUAACAAACAAUGGACAAGACAUAAAGAGCUUGGGCGGAUGCAAUAAUUUCUCCCAGUUUACAAGGCCAAAAGAUCCAACUUGUUCCGAGGGACUGAUAACAGCAUCUACCAAAGAUAGAAUUGAUAUUAAUCUUACAAAGAUUGAUACGGGUGAAAACACGGAACAGGUCUGUAUUUAUUAUGAUCCACCGCCCACUUCCGGGAAUGUGUCAUGUGUAAACAAAGACUUGCUGAAUACAACGAUAUCAGGACUUCUACCAGGAACUCGGUACUCAUUUUCCAUAUAUGCUUUGAUAACAAACAAUGGACAAGAUAUAAAGAGCUUGGGCGGAUGCAAGAAUUUCUCCCGUUUUACAAGGCCAAAAGAUCCAACUUGUUCCGAGGGACUGAUAACAGCAUCUACCAAAGAUAGAAUUGAUAUUAAUCUUACAAAGAUUGAUACGGGUGAAAACACGGAACAGGUCUGUAUUUAUUAUGAUCCACCGUCCACGCUCGGAAAUGUGUCAUGUGUAAACAAAGACUUGCUGAAUACAACGAUAUCAGGACUUCUACCAGGAACUCGGUACUCAUUUUCCAUAUAUGCUUUGAUAACAAACAAUGGACAAGACGUAAUGAGUUUGGACGGAUGCAAGAAUUUCUCCCAGUUUACAAGGCCAAAAGAUCCAACUUGUUCCGAGGGACUGAUAACAGCAUCUACCAAAGAUAGAAUUGAUAUUAAUCUUACAAAGAUUGAUACGGGUGAAAACACGGAACAGGUCUGUAUUUAUUAUGAUCCACCGUCCACGCUCGGAAAUGUGUCAUGUGUAAACAAAGACUUGCUGAAUACAACGAUAUCAGGACUUCUACCAGGAACUCGGUACUCAUUUUCCAUAUAUGCUUUGAUAACAAACAAUGGACAAGACGUAAUGAGUUUGGACGGAUGCAAGAAUUUCUCCCAGUUUACAAGGCCAAAAGAUCCAACUUGUUCCGAGGGACUGAUAACAGCAUCUACCAAAGAUAGAAUUGAUAUUAAUCUUACAAAGAUUGAUACGGGUGAAAACACGGAACAGGUCUGUAUUUAUUAUGAUCCACCGUCCACGCUCGGAAAUGUGUCAUGUGUAAACAAAGACUUGCUGAAUACAACGAUAUCAGGACUUCUACCAGGAACUCGGUACUCAUUUUCCAUAUAUGCUUUGAUAACAAACAAUGGACAAGACGUAAUGAGUUUGGACGGAUGCAAGAAUUUCUCCCAGUUUACAAGGCCAAAAGAUCCAACUUGUUCCGAGGGACUGAUAACAGCAUCUACCAAAGAUAGAAUUGAUAUUAAUCUUACAAAGAUUGAUACGGGUGAAAACACGGAACAGGUCUGUAUUUAUUAUGAUCCACCGUCCACGCUCGGAAAUGUGUCAUGUGUAAACAAAGACUUGCUGAAUACAACGAUAUCAGGACUUCUACCAGGAACUCGGUACUCAUUUUCCAUAUAUGCUUUGAUAACAAACAAUGGACAAGACGUAAUGAGUUUGGACGGAUGCAAGAAUUUCUCCCAGUUUACAAGGCCAAAAGAUCCAACUUGUUCCGAGGGACUGAUAACAGCAUCUACCAAAGAUAGAAUUGAUAUUAAUCUUACAAAGAUUGAUACGGGUGAAAACACGGAACAGGUCUGUAUUUAUUAUGAUCCACCGUCCACGCUCGGAAAUGUGUCAUGUGUAAACAAAGACUUGCUGAAUACAACGAUAUCAGGACUUCUACCAGGAACUCGGUACUCAUUUUCCAUAUAUGCUUUGAUAACAAACAAUGGACAAGACGUAAUGAGUUUGGACGGAUGCAAGAAUUUCUCCCAGUUUACAAGGCCAAAAGAUCCAACUUGUUCCGAGGGACUGAUAACAGCAUCUACCAAAGAUAGAAUUGAUAUUAAUCUUACAAAGAUUGAUACGGGUGAAAACACGGAACAGGUCUGUAUUUAUUAUGAUCCACCGUCCACGCUCGGAAAUGUGUCAUGUGUAAACAAAGACUUGCUGAAUACAACGAUAUCAGGACUUCUACCAGGAACUCGGUACUCAUUUUCCAUAUAUGCUUUGAUAACAAACAAUGGACAAGACGUAAAGAGCUUGGACGGAUGCAAGAAUUUCUCCCAGUUUACAAGGCCAAAAGAUCCAACUUGUUCCCAGGGACUGAUAACAGCAUCUACCAAAGAUGGAAUUGAUAUUGAUCUUACAAAGAUUGAUACGGGUGAAAACACGGAGCAGGUCUGUAUUUAUUAUGAUCCACCGUCCACUUAUCAAGGAAAUGUCUCAUGUGUAAACAAAGACUUGCUGAAUACAACGAUAUCAGGACUUCUACCAGGAACUCGGUACUCAUUUUCCAUACAUGCUUUAAUAACAAACAAUGGACAAGACAUAAAGAGCUUGGACGGAUGCAAGAAUUUCUCCCAGUUUACAAGACCAAAUAACCCUGACUGCACAUCAGCUGUUAUCUCAAACAUUGGAGCAUACGACUUUACACUAAAUCUUACUGCCAUGAAAACUGUGGAUGCUACGGGGUAUGUGGUGGAAUACACAACCACUGACACACAGAAGAAUGCCACAUUUACUUCACAUUCACUUGUUCAACAAUUGUCCAAUCUGACAUCAGGAUCAUUGCAUACUGUCACGAUAUAUUCCAUCGGAAUCCGAGGUCUUCUUAGUUUACAUGGCUGCACAAAAACGUCGUACUCCAGGCCCACCAUACCUGCAGAUAAUGUUAGAAUUUACAAUGACACCUCCUACGUAGCUAUAGAAUGGACUCACUUAGAUGGGAAUGUCGAGAAGUAUACCGUAGAGAAAAGUUGUUCAUGUGAAAACAGUUCCUGCAUGUCUUGUACUCCUAGUGUCGCAAUUUCCAAAACCACAGACUUAAUAAAUUCUGUAAAUAUAACUGGCCUUAAUCCAGGAACAUACUGCAACAUCUCCAUAGUUUCCGUAUCUGGGAACCUACAUGGUGACCCACUCCAGAUCAUCGUGAAUUCAUCCGAGACAGAGCCUGGAAAAGUCAGCUCUUUUGCAGUCACAGAAGUUACUACAGAUAGCAUUGAUGUAAAAUGGGUAGAUCCGGUGUGUAAAAAUGGAGAUAUCCUCCGAUACAAGUUAUCAAUCUCACAAGAUCAAGGAUCAGUUCAAACAAUAGACGGUUUUCAAAAUACCUGGUCGUUUAAAACUUUGCAAAAAGGAACUUUCUACAACAUUACCAUAGCAGCUGUAAACACCAAAGGCGAUGGACCGAUAUCAUAUUUACAGGUUUACACUCGUGAAGCAGCUCCCAGCAAUGUCACCAAUCUUCGGGCAACGAAUAUCUCAUCAUCUUCUGUAUUUGUUUCUUGGGGAAAACCCACUUCCCCAAAUGGUAUCAUUCAAAAUUACGAAGUUCUGGUACAAUUACAUUCAAACUGUGUACAAAAAAUAAAACUUAAAUGUAGCCAUUGUAUGAGAAAACAUAAAGAUGAUUCUGCACAUUUGAAAGAAGAUCCAGAUCAGAAACCAACUAUUCCACCGGAAUCUGAGAAAUGUACCCCCCAAAAAUCAAUCAACUUCAUGGAAAACAACAACAUGAAAUAUUCAGUUGUUGUCCACGAUUUAAAGUUCUUUACAGAGUACAACAUCUCUGUAUUUGCAUUAACAUUCAUUGGGUCUGGACCGGUUUCAAACACAGUAGUCAGAACAUCAGAGGACAGGCCAUCACAGCCUACGAAUCUUCGGGGAAAUAGUACCUCGGAAUCGGAAAUCUCACUGGAAUUUCAAACCCCAGUAUUUCGAAAUGGACAUAUUAUUCGUUUAGAUAUGGAAUAUAAAUACAAAACGCAGAAUACAUGUCUUUCCGAUAAUUUGAAAUAUGAAACAAGAACUAAAAUUGUACAAUUGAACAAUUCCAUAGGCGAAAUAUACGUCUCCUCUCUUGAAAAUCUGUAUAGCUACUGGGAUUACACCAUAAGAGCAAGAAUGGCUACAUCUGCUGGAAGUGGAGAUUAUAGCAAACCCAUAACUAUACGCACAAAACCUGAUGUUCCAGAAAUUGUCAGAGACAUUAACAUGGGACAUUUAACAUCUAGAAGCGUUCCACUAACUUGGAAAAAACCAUGUCAACCUAAUGGAAUAAUUGAAUAUUAUCUAAUCAAAGUGAUUGGCAGGAUCGUGUUGGAAGCCGAUCCAUUACAAAUCCCAUCCAACGACACGUCUUACACUGUAACUGAUCUUCUUCCUUAUCGGCAAUAUUCAUUCAACAUUUCAGCUAAAGUUGUCGGUGUGAACAUUGCUGGAGAAUCCGUUAAAUCACGAGCAGUGAAUACAACCACUGAAGCUGCCAAGAAACCCAGAAACGUGACAUUUAACACCACACCGUUUUCUGUUUUCCUGAGAUGGGAACUACCGAUUUUACAAACUGGUCCAACGUAUUACAGAGCCUAUGCACUUGAUUCAAGAAACAACAUAAAUACAUCAAGCUGUUUAACAACAGGGUAUAGGAACACAUCAUGCACGAUACAGGACCUGCAUCCGUUUUGGAAUUACAGUGUAACAAUCUCUGCUAUCACUGAUCCAUUUGGGCCAAAUUCUACUACAGUAAUCAUCCGUACCAAGGAAAGUGCUCCAGGAAAAGUAAGAAGUUUUCAAGUCUCUCAAGUUCAAAAUGUCACUGCUCCGCGUGAAAUUACGUUAUUGUGGGCGGCACCAUCAGAGACGAACAGGAACGGAAUAAUACGAAAAUAUUUCAUACAGUACUGGGUGGUAUAUUCCACAGGGAGACUUAUUGGUCAGGUUAAGACGCUUGCAUACGCACCGGACAUACUUUCGACUAGUAUAACACAGAUAUUGCCAGAAAAUACAUACUUUUUCCAAAUAUUCCCAUCUACGAUAGCUAAUGCUACUGAAAAGGAUUAUGUCAAUGAAACAAUCAAAAUUUCUGCCGGAGCACCGAUUCCUAUUAAAUUACCCAGUUAUGUGAAAGUCAUAUCGUUGGGACCAUCUGCAAAACUUUCAAACGACGAGCAGCAAUUGUCUGUUUCCCUUAAUUAUCGAUCCCUUUGUGAUAACUUAAAUGGAAAUCCAGACUCGUGGUACAUUAUCGUCGCUGAACAGUCAAGCAUACCAGAAAAAUUAUCAUCACCAUUUCAUGACUCAAGGACGAAGUACGAAAGUUUCAUCAAGGAAGAGUACAAAACGUGGUCUAAUGUUCACUCACAAGACCAUUUUCAGCCUUACAUAGCGACUACUGAUCUGAAUCCUGGAUGUAAUAAAUACAGGAGACACAAAAGAGCUACGGAAGACAUCUUGAAGACUUAUGAUGUUUUGAUUGGAGAAGAGGAAGAUUGUGAUGGAAUAUCUAAGACCUACUGCAACGGAUAUUUGAAACCCGAUAAGGAAUACAGGGUUCGCUUUGCAGUUUGUACCAGUGAAGGAUGUUUGGAAUCUGAGUUUUCAACACCGCUGAAAACAAAGCCUAACCUGGUACCUGUUAUAGCUGGUUCCCUGUCUGCUGUUGCCGCAGUUAUAGUAUCGGUUGUUAUUAUUAUUGUGAUACUGAAACGUAAAGGAAAAGGACCAUUCCAGAAAAAAAUCCGAGUGGUAGAAAAAGGGAAUGAUGAUGUAAAUUUCACAAGCGAACUUGAAAAUGUUGCCAAACCUGGACCAGUUGAAAUCGCAGAGUUUGCUCAACAUGUGCAUACAAUGCGCGCAGACAGUAAUCUGCUGUUUUCCAGAGAAUAUAAGCUACUGAAAGACACCUGUCCAAAGCAUACUACAAAAGCUGCUGAAAUACAGGUCAACAGAAUAAAAAACAGAUAUACCAACAUUCUAGCAUAUGAUCACAGUCGUGUAAACUUGCUUGCCACAGAAGAUGAUGAGGGAUCAGACUAUAUUAACGCCAACUAUAUUCCGGGACAUAAUUCAGAACGAGAGUACAUCGCCACCCAAGGCCCACUUCCUUUUACACGUGAUGAAUUUUGGAGAAUGAUCUGGGAACAGAACGUCAGUAUUAUAGUCAUGCUGACUCAGUUGGUGGAAAGAGGAAGGAGGAAAUGUGAUCAAUAUUGGCCUGAUACUACUCGAGAACCAGUUUACUAUGGGGACCUUGUAGUUGAAAUUGAGUCUGAAUCAACGCUUCCUGAUUAUGUUCUACGUGUCAUGUCAGUAAAAUUGGGCGACACCAGAAAAACUGUUAAACACUUUGCGUAUUUGCCAUGGCCUGACAUGGGUAUUCCUGAAACCUCAGAAGCCAUGCUUAAGUUUGCGAAAGAGGUCAGGAGCCAUCAACCCCCUCCCGCAACUAAUAGAGGACCUUUUGUUGUUCACUGCAGUGCUGGUGUGGGUCGCACUGGAACCUACAUUGCAGUCGAUUAUCUCAUGCAACACGUCAGGACAAGUGAUGUCAUAGACAUAUAUGAUUUAGUAAUGAAAAUGCGCAACAACCGGCCAAAUAUGGUUCAAACUGAGGACCAAUAUAUUUUCAUCCAUGACUGCAUUAAAGACUUUAUUAAUCGCGGUGAUGACGAUGACAGCAAGGAUGGAGAAGUCAAUGCAAUAUAUCAAAAUGUGUAGCCAGCCAUUGCCUUUAAACAGCCGGGUUAGGCAGACAAGUACGCGUCGGUUUCAAGACGUCCAUUCUUCAUUUUUACUUUUCAUCAAUUAUGAACAAUCACUUUUACCUCUAUAGUGUUGAAUAUUUCUAUAAUUUUAUUUCUUGAAUUUCUUUUGUGUUUUUAAUUAUGCCAUUUUUUGUAAACAAUUGAAUGAGAUGUCUUUGAACAUGUUCGUAUAUAUUCAAUGAUGUAAUGCAUUAUUAUAAAUGAUAUAUUUUGAAAUAUAGGUAUAAAAGGUAGUAAAAAAAAAAGUCAUUGUAUUAUCAGGAAAAAGACUUAAUCAUGUGAUGUACAUGCUAGCAAAUAUGUUGUUUUUACAGUUUUCCUUAUUCUGCUUUACUCUUCUGAAUAUGUAUUCGUUCUUAAUCCAACCUUCAUGUGUGUUUGUGUGUAACACUAUUUAAAGACAGAAAAAAACUUAUUUUGAUUGAAUGGACAAAAUCAGCAAAGAAAGAGUAAUAGAAAUUCUGGAUUGGUAAAUUUUCUGAAAGUGUUGUCUUUUUGCUGUUUUUUGGGGGUUUUUUUUUUUUUUUUGGCAUUUUGUUUUAUUUACACGUUGUUUUCUUGUUUUCCCCCAUUUUCAUUACGAUAUUUUAGUCUGCCCUGUCCGUAUAUAAAAGUGGGUGUCUUCCACAAAUAAGAAGAAUAAUUGAAUAUGUUUUGAGAAAUUCGGACAGUACAGAUCCUCAUUUUGAAUGAAUAUCUAGGUGAACCCUUUAGCUCACACUUAUGAAUAUCCAAACGUGUGUGAAUAAUAUUUAAUGCAUAUAGCAAAAUGUCCUUGUAAGGAUUUUCCUUUAUUUUUUUUGGCUCGAAAGAGAAUGACAAAGUAUAUAUCAUCAACUCAUUCUGUAUCUUGAUGUGUUUAUUAUUGUAGCUAAUUUUCAAAUAGACAUAAAAGUAAGGUUUAUAUUUCAUUUUGUAUUGUUACUGACUUUGUUAUGGAAAAUCCCGAGUGAUAUAAAUAAUUAGUUGUUGUCAAUACCAAAUAUAUAGCUUUGUCCAGUAUCUUGUUUACAGUCAUAAUUUGUAAUAUUUUCAAUCAUAUAAUUUAUAUACGUUUGAAGGGUGAUACAAAAAAGUAUGAGACUAGUGCCUUCGAUUCUACACUCAUCUAGAUUGAAAUACAGUAAAUUUAUGAAUAUUGAAUUCCAAUUCUCAAUGAAUAUUAAGAAUUGAUAAAUCCAUUCCAUGCACAACCACAGCAAUUUCGAAAUAUGAUGUUUAUUUCAAAAUGCUUAAUUAUUUGUCAAAAUUUAUUAAAUGUUAUCCAUGGUCUUUCCCGUAAUCGCUUCUUUUAGUGGGAUUUUUAAAGAGUCUUCAAAAGUAUGUGCUGUCGGAGAGAGAAGUUGUGCAGUUACUAUUGAAAUAAACGCAGACAGAUAGACAAAUAUAUAUUUUGACCUUGGUUAUAUAUAAAGUCUCUUUUUUGAAUAUUUUUUUAAAAAUCUGAACACUUUCUAUAUAUAUAUAUAUAUAUAUAUAUAUAUAUAAUCUUCUGAAAGUUUGAAGACUUUAAAUUAUGCAUCUUUGUUCAUGAAUGUGACUAUGAAAUUGAGAAGUUUUUAUAUUGCAUGUAAUUUGCCUUCAUUUCCUAUAGAUUUUCAAUCUUUGAAUAAAUUUCGCGGACAUGAUUAAAUAAGUUCUACUUGAUGGUCAGAGUGUCAGAACCCUGUUUAUCCUUCAUCGCACAUUAAUUACCCUGAUUUUGGUCUCAAUGAAGAGAAGCUGAUAUAUAUAGUUAUUUUUUCAAUUGUUUACAUGUAAUUUGUUGAUUUUUAUUUCAUGUAUAUGUAUAUAUCCUAACUUUCUAAUAUCAGUACACAAAUAAAGUAACGUCCAUCAUUAGCA